AUGUCUUCUUCGACUAUUAGGCGCCGAGCCAUCCCCACCGACAGCAACAUCGAUAGUGAAAUUUCGACCCCUCGAGACGAAAGCCCCGAGAAACCCGAGACUGUAGCUCACGUUGUUCACCAUGUAAAACCCAAGACACGGAAACGCCGGAAUGGCGCCAUCUUCUUACUUGGAAGUUUAUUUGGAAUCAUAGCCGCCGGCUUUUUCGCGAAAAGCAACGACCUCAUAGAUUUCCCCGAGCUUGGAGAGCUUAGCAUGGACAGCUUCUUCGAUGUUCUGCCAGCUGGCUUGGUUAAGGACAUGCGGGAGCUUGUGCAAGGCGAGCGAGAAUUCGUCGAUAGCUACGAUGCCUUCUCCGUAGGUUUGCAAGCCCGCGCCGAGGGUCUUCAUGCCCAUCACCCCAUGAUCAUGGUCCCAGGCGUCAUCUCAACAGGCCUCGAAUCGUGGGGCACGGCCAACGUUUCCCGCCAGUAUUUCCGAAAGCGCCUCUGGGGUAGUUGGAGCAUGAUGCGUGCGCUGGUCCUCGACAAGGAAAACUGGAAGAAACAUAUCAUGCUGGAUCAGGAGACCGGUCUCGACCCCCCUCAUAUCAAGUUACGAGCUGCUCAAGGCUUCGACGCAACCGACUUCUUUAUCACCGGUUACUGGAUCUGGAACAAGAUUUUCGAGAAUCUGGCAUCAAUAGGCUACGACCCGACUAAUUCCUUCACUGCCGCGUACGACUGGCGUUUGGCGUACCCCAACCUCGAAACACGCGAUCAGUACUUUUCGAGGCUUAAAUCUUACAUUGAAACUGCGCAUGCGUUUUCGGGCAAGAAGGCUGUUCUCGUGUCCCACAGCAUGGGAGGGCAAGUCCUUUUCUACUUCUUCCACUGGGUCGCAUCCGAGAGUGGUGGACGAGGUGGCGAUGAUUGGGUCGAACAGCACGUCGAAGCUUGGAUCAACGUGAGUGGCUGCAUGCUUGGUGCUGUCAAGGACUUGACAGCUGUCUUGUCAGGUGAGAUGAGAGACACAGCUCAGCUGAACGCCUUUGCCGUGUACGGCCUCGAGAAGUUUUUGAGCAAAGACGAAAGAGCCCAGCUCUUCCGAGCAAUGCCUGGCAUUUCUUCCAUGCUUCCCAUUGGAGGAGAUGCUGUUUGGGGCAAUUCGACAUGGGCACCUGAUGACAAGCCGGAUCAGGAGCUGUCUUACGGUUCUCUCCUCAAUUUCCGUAGCGGCAUGAAUUGGACAACUCCAGAACGGAAUCUGACGGUCGAGUCAGCCAUGAACUAUCUCUUCAACACUACAGAGGAGUGGUACUCGAGGAAUGUGAAGGGUGCCUAUUCCCAUGGUGUAGCACACACUCAAGCCGAGGUCGACGCCAACGAAAAAGACCCAAACAAAUGGAUCAACCCCCUGGAGACACGUCUGCCUCUGGCACCGAGCCUCAAGAUCUACUGCUUCUACGGUGUAGGCAAGGCAACGGAGCGAGGCUACUACUAUCGGUCACCAGACGCACCGGCUCUCACGAACCUGAACAUCACAAUCGACACAACCCUCACGCAGGGAGAGGUGGAUCAUGGUGUCGUCAUGGGAGAGGGCGACGGAACAGUAAAUCUUCUCAGCACGGGAUACAUGUGUAACCGCGGGUGGAACUACAAGAGGUACAACCCAGCCGGUGUCAAGGUGACGGUUGUCGAGAUGGAGCACGAACCCGAGCGAUUCAAUCCCCGUGGAGGACCCAAGACGGCAGACCACGUGGAUAUUCUCGGGCGGCAACAUCUGAACGAGCUCAUCUUGAGGAUCGCGGCGGGCAAGGGAAAUACGAUUACCGACUAUGUUGUUAGCAACAUUAAGGAGUACGCCGACAAGGUCAAGGUGUAUGACGACGACCAAAGACCCGAUGAGGAGCAGGAUACCUGGGAGGAGACUUUGGAAAAAUUGGUCGGCAACAGUUCAUGA